AUGCCCAGAGCUGAAAGACCAUUCAAGAUUCUGGAAAGAUUUGGUGAUAAUGAUUACAAGGUUGAGUUAUCUGGAGAAAUGGCCGUUUCCAGUACUUUUAAUGUUGGUGAUCUGAGGCCUUAUCUGGAGGAUGAGCACCUUGAGGACUUGAGGGCAAGUUCUUUUUCAGAAGGGGAGAAUGAUGCAGAAAUGACCAAAUAUAAUGAACUGAUUGGCGCCAUUGAACUGAGCAAGUCAAAUGAACUGAUGGCAAUUUCUGAAAUAAGAGAAGAUUCUGAAAUUAAAUUAAAUUCUGAGCUGAAGUCCAUUUCUGAACUAAAGGAGUCAUCUGAAUUGAAGCAUAAAUCUGAGCAAGAACAAAUAUCGAGCCCUUUGAGUACUCAGAUAUUAGAAUUCUGUGAAUCAGACUUAUUCCAAGAGACCAUACAAAACUCGGAUGUUGCUUCUGCAUCAAAUUGCUGUUAUGAAGAACAAUCCUCUUAUGCCCAAAAUAUCUCUUUCCCUCCCGAUAUAAUCAAAUUCCCUAUGCCUGACAAAACUGUUAUGCCAAUUACAGACUAUGGCAAUUUUGCUACCGUUUUUGAAGAAAAGAUAAUAGAAAAUGACCUUUUUCUCCCUUCAGAUAUCACAAACCUUCCUCAAUAUCCAUUUGGUCCUCAAGAUCAAUUUGAUGUAUCUCUACUCGAAAACCAGCUUUCGCUUUCAACUGAAGGGCCUACACCGCCAUACGCUCGUCCAAAUGAUCACGUCGAUGUUGUGUCCAUUAUAGGACCAAUGGUUUGUGAAGAUGAAUAUCUAUCUUCCAUGCCCCCUUCCAAAUGCAUGCACCCGAACAAUUCUUCAUCCUCUAACAAUUGUUAUUCUUAUAAACCCUAUAUUCCAUUAAGGAACACUAACCCUAUCUUACCAAUGGAAAGUUGUGGAAUAUUUAAUUCCAAUUUGCCCCUAGCAAAUGAAAUUCAAGCCCAUGAACAAGAUUUUCAAGGCGAUAACGGUGGCAUAUAUUGCACAAAUCCGUUCCCGCGUUCUUACAAUUCUUGUGAGCUACAGUCACUUAGUAGCGAAGGCCAACAUAUGGUUAACAAUGGAAGCGGAAGUUGCAACGCUCCAUUACCACCUCCGGAAAUCACAAGUUUGGAAUCAGAAACCUUUAGAGUGGCCAACAAAUUAACAAGUGAGGAACGAAAAGAAAAGAUUAAUAGAUAUAUGAAGAAAAGAAAUGAGAGAAACUUCAGCAAGAAAAUCAAGUAUGCAUGCCGAAAAACCCUAGCAGACAGUAGGCCUCGAGUGAGAGGAAGGUUUGCCAAGAAUGAUGAAUUUGGGGAGCAUCAUAGAAACACAUGCAACCAUGAAGAUGACACUGACGAAGAUGUGUCGAUCAAAGAAGAAGAGAAGAUGGAUUCGUCAGAUAUAUUUGCACAUAUAAGUGGAUUAAAUUCCUUCAGAUGCAACUAUCCAAUCCAGUCUUGGAUUUAAUCAA